CUCAGCUGCUCUGACCCCGCCCCUCCCCCAGCCAGGCAGCCGUGCUCAGGCAUGAGGAGCAGCCACCCGUGAAUGCGGCCAUGCUACCUUAUUUAUGAAGGGAGGGGAGAGAGAGCGCGAGAAGGGGAGGGAAGUAGAGGGACAGCAAGAAGAAGGGAGAGAGGGAGGGAAAAGAGUGAGGGAAGGAAAGGGCACAGCACAAGAAGUCGAAGGAGGGACCAAAGAGUGAGUGAGUGAGUGAGUUGGGGAGAAGGAUAGAGGCGCAUGCACGCAGGAGACGGGGGCUACAGUUACUGAAGCGCUAGCGCGGACGGCUAUCGGGAGAAGAGCAGGUCCAUUUUUACCGCCGCACCCCCCCCCCGCCCCCACCCCCGACUCUCCCUGCCCAGGCAGGGGAGGACAGGCCAGUGGGGCAGGACCUGUAGUAUGGGACAGACUGCCAGUGAUCCUGUUGCCCAGGAGCCUGUCCCCAACUCCGAUGAUGAAGUGGACGAACCACGCAGCAGGACGGGGAGUGUGGGGGGCAGUUCGGAGCGAAGCACCCCCCCUAACAAGCGCAAGGGCAAGCUCUUCGGCAAUCUCUUCAAGCCCUGGAAGUGGAAGAAGAAGAAGACCAGCGAGAAGUUCCAGGAAACGUCAGAAGCUCUGGAGAGAAGGAUAUCAGUGAGAAAGCCCAGGCAGGAGCUGAUUGACAAAGGACUGCUGAAGGAGGUCCCAGAAAAUGAGGGCGACCAGCCUCGCGCCCCCCACCUGAGGAACGGUCGGCUCCGGGCCGACUCCGACAGCAGGGUGGGGCCCAUCUGGCUGCCCCAGGGCGAGGACCGCAGGACCCGCAUCCCGUCGGACGCAGACCGCCGAGAGGGGGCCGGGCGCCGGGGCUCCAGCUUGGAGGAGGUGAAGGAGGCGAGGGAGAGGGGAGAGGAGAGGGACCGAAAAAGCGCCAGGGAGGACACGGAGGACAGGGAGAACAGAGAGGAGAGGGACCGAGACAGGGAGAGAGACAGGGAGAAAGAGAGGGAGAAAGAGAGGGAGAGAGACAGAGAAAAAGAGAGGGAGAAAGAGAGAGAGAGAGCGACAGAAAGAGAGAGGGAGCGAGAUCGAGAAAGAGAGAAGGAGAGAGACCGAGAAAGAGAGAGGGAGAAGGAGAAAGAUCGUGCGAGGGAGAGAGACCUAGAGAAGGAGAGGGAGAGAGACAGGGAGAAGGAGAGGGAAAGAGAGAGGGAUAGAGAGAAGGAGAGGGAGAGAGUCAGAGACAGGGAGAAGGAGAGAGACAGAGAGAGGGAUAGGGACAGAGAGAGAGAGGUGAGAGACCGAGAGAGGGGGAAGGACAGAGAGAGGGAUAAUAGAGAGGGGAGAGAUGGAGAGAAGGAGAGAGACCGAGAGAGGGACAGAGAAAGGGAUAGCAGAGAAGUAAGGGAAAGAGAAAGAGACCCGGAACGGGACAGGGAAUGGAGGGACAGGGACAGAGAGAGAGAGGUGAGAGACAGAGAGAGGGGGAGGGACAGAGAGAAGGAUAAGAGAGAGGAGAGAGACCGUGAGAAAGAAAACAGAGACGACAGAGACAGAGAGCAGGAGAGAAAUCGAGAAGGGAGGGAGCGAGAACGGGAGAGAGAUGGCGAGAGGGAGAGAGAGAAAGACAGGGAGAGGGAGAGCCGUGAGGGGAAGGACAGGAGAGAGGCGGUGCAGAGCCAGGCUCCAGCAGAGCUGGACAGGAAGCCUGGCCACGGAUGGAGGCCUCUCUCAGAAAUGGACCUGAGGCAGAAGACUGUCCUGGAGGAGGCCUGGAGGACACGCCCCCUCUCAGAGAUUGAGCAGAGGUCGACCCUCCCGCGCUGCUUUCCAUCGGACGAAGCGCGGACACGCUCAGGCUCCACAGGUUGUCGUCUCCCCCCGCGGUCGCAGAACCCCCCCGACCCCCCGCCGAGGGAGGGCUCCCUCCCCAAACUGCCCCUCCUGCCCCCGAUACGGCAGGGCUCCCUCCCCGAGCCUCCCAAGGUUCCCGCCGGCAGCAGCUCCUCCUCGUCCUCCUGCUCGUCUUCAUCGGUGACCUCCUCCGCGAUCGGGAACCCCGAGCCUCCCGCCAGCGCGCCCGCCCCUCAGCCCCUCCCUGGCACCUCCGCCCCCUCCACCUCCGCCAGCGUCCCCGCCCCCCCGCCAGCCAAGCAGCCGCCAGUGCCUCCACCCAAGCCUACCAACCGCUUCAGCAGUCCUGCCCUGCUGGCGGAGCUGUCGCAAGCCGCACCCGUCAAGCGCUCCCCGCCCAUGCCCCCCAAGAGGACCACCCCCGUCACCAAGCGCAACUCCCAGGAGUCUCACGUCGUUCCAGCCUCCCCGGACCCCGCCCCCGACCCCGCCCCCGCGCAGGCCGAGGAGAAGGCCGGCGAAUCACUGCCUCCGCCGCCGGAGCCCGAGCCCGCCCCCGACGCCCGACCGCCCUCCCACACCCGCCCCCCCCCCCUCCCACCACCACCCCCUCCCGCCCUCCCCCCCCCGCUCCCACCACCACCCCCUCCCCAUCCCGCCCUCCUCCCCCGCUCCCACCACCACCCCCUCCCCAUCCCGCCCUCCUCCCCCCGUCCCACCACCACCCCCUCCCCAUCCCGCAAGCGGCCCCGGUCGCCGUGCCCACCGCGGACCCCCCAGCCCCACCACCCAGCCCCCGCGGAGCCCCCCAUCCCGCUGCACCUGCUCAUCCAGCGGGCGCUGGCCAACCCCGGCCGGAACCCCCCCGCCUCGGACCGGUCCAAGCGCGCCCACUCUCUGCUGUUCGACGUGCCGCAGACCUACCUGACCACGCCCGGGGAGAGGGCCUCCCUGCCCGUCACCGUCGAGCGCAUCAGACUGCAGGAGGAUGAUGACUUUGACAUGGAGGAAGAGCUGCGUACUCGGCGCGCGGCAGCCCGGCGGGAUCUGGAGGCGCGCAGCCGGCUGGGCCUGGCGGGGGACGUGCGCGUCAGCUACAUCCCCAGCGCCCGGAGCCCCUCCAUCAGCGAGGAGGAGGAGGACGAGGGGGAAGGGGCCAGCGACUCGGACGCCGACGGGCCCGUCCUUUACAGGGACGACAACGGAGGGGAGGAGGAAGAGGACGAGGACGUCCCGCUCGGGGGGCUGGCGAGCAAGGUGCAGAGGAAGGACACCCUGGCCCUGAGGCUGGGCGGCCGGUCCUCCGGCUCCGAGGAGACGCGGGAGGCGCGGGAGGCGCGGGAGGAGCAGGAGGAGCGGGAGCAGGAGGAGACGUCCUGGCAGAGCAGAGAGCAGUGGGAGUCGGUCCGCUCGCAGAUCGGCACGGCGCUUACACGGAGGCUGAGCCAGAGACCCACAGUGGUGGAGCUGGAGCAGAGGAACAUUCUCCAGCCCAAGAAUGAGGCGGACAGGCGGGCGGAGCGGAGCGAGAUCAAAAGGAGGCUCACCAGGAAGCUCAGUCAGAGGCCCACGGUGGCAGAGCUGCAGGCUCGGAAGAUCCUGCGUUUCCAUGAGUACGUGGAGUGCACCGACGCCCAGGACUACGAUCGCCGUGGCGAAAAGCCCUGGACGAAACUCACCCCUGCUGACAAGGCGGCAAUCCGGAAAGAACUCAAUGAGUUCAAGAGCACUGAGAUGGAGGUGCACGAGCAGAGCCGGAUCUACACCAGAUUCCAUCGGCCAUAGCCAAGCACUUAUCACCUGGGGAGACAACGAAGCAACAGUCUGCGCGAGUCAUCUGGUCUUGGUUCUCCUUCGUGGGUGGCAUGGCAAUGAACCCUGUGCACGUAAGGAAGUGCCACUCCUUCUCCUGAUGAUGUCACAGAGGAGCAGCGGGACGCUUAUGACGCAACGCGUUUGCGUUGCGGGAAUCUUGGGGAAUGUAGUGCCAAUUCAGUGGAGAGCAGAAGGGGGAGGCUCCAAAACCGUGCUGCGCUUCCAGGCCAGCAGGGGGCGCUGUCACAUCGCUCUCUCAAAGGGAAAAGUCCUGGUGGCUUUUAUAUGCAUUUAUUUUACUCUGACUCUCUUUUAUUCAUUCAGGAAAAGUAUUGAUAGCAUUAAUGUUAAUUGAUAGCAAGUGACGAUGGCAAUUAUUUAAAUGACGAGAUGUAAUUCUGCGAGAAUUGUAUGUUGUCUGUGUGUGCACAUGUGCACGCACACGUGUGCACGUGUUUGUAUACAAGAGCACAUGAUAAAAUGUCCAAAUAUAUAUGUGUACCUGUUGCAAUUGUACGCAUGUAUUGUAUGUGCAGAACAUGUACACGUAAGUGUGUGAGCAUUUUGGCAGUGUUUUUUUUCUAAGCCCAAGAUUGAAAAGCUUAGUGAUAAAAAAAAAACAUUACUUAUGCAUCACAAUCUUACCGUUUCCCAUGUGAAAUAAUAGCAUUGAUAGAGAUGCAGUCUGGUUCUCUUUUUGCCAUCCGUUUAUUACUUGUACAACCAGUAGCAGAACUUAAAAAGUGCCUUUUUACUGUAUUUUUCCCGUUUUUGCUAUAUUUUAUUAUUACCUGACGUAAUACUUAUCAGAAAAUUUAUUAAUGAAAGAAAAUGUUGAACCUGUAAACCGAAGUCCAAAUGAGUGCAAUUGAUUGACUGGGGAAAAUGUUUGACUGCUGUAGAAAAUGUGUAUAGUGCUCUGGACCAGAACAACAUUUCUGCUAUGUUCAUAAACAAUAAUCACACCAGUUUGUUCUGUAUAUCUUGACCUCUCAUUGUAAAAAGGAUUUUAAAAAUAAUAAAAGUAUUAUAGCCUUGUUUUUAGGAAAACGGCAUAGGAUUCAAUUGAAUUUUAAGGAAAGGGCUAUACAAGUAUGCACAUUGUUUUUUUGUUUUUUUAUUUUGUUGUACAUUUUAUUUUUUAUAAAACAAAAUUUAUGGAAAAACUGACAGCAGAGUCUGUUGAGAUAUAAAUGGUCACUGCAGAUUCAAAUUAAAGGCUUACAGAAAUUCA